AUGAAGUCUUUUGACUUUUUUAAAUCUUUAAUUUCAAAUAAAUUAUUUUUAUUUACUACACCACUUUUGAUAUCAAGUUUAAUCUUUUCAUAUUAUUUAUCAAUUAUUCAAAAGAAAAAUUUAAGUUUAAAAGAUAAAUUAGAAAAAGAAAAACAAAAUAAAUUACAUGAACAAAAGAAAUGUGAAGAACAAAGAUUAGGUAGAACUAGAGCAGAAAGAGAGUUGAGAAGAGUUGUCAAUUCAUAUAAAGAAGAUAGAGAGAAUAAAAAUGUGGAAAGACCACCUGAUUAUCCACCAAUUGGAUUUUUAGAGAGUUGUUUUAGAGAGAGAAAUGGUACACCAAGACAAGGAUUAAUCGUUACCAAAGGUAAAGCAUUAUUAAAGUUAAAGACAAGUGUAAAUCCAACCUAUUCAUUGGAGGGUUUAGAUCAAUAUAGUCAUUGUUGGUUAAUUUUCAUUUUCCACGAAAAUACCAACACCUUACGUUCAGUUAGAAGUGAUCGUCCAGCAAGUGGUGUCAAAGCAAAGGUUGCACCACCACGUUUAGAUGGUAUUAAAGUUGGAUUGUUUUCAACCAGAACUCCACAUCGUCCAAAUCCAAUCGGUUUAUCAGUUGCCAAAAUCGAUAAGGUCGUUGGUGAUACAAUCUAUUUAUCAGGUAUCGAUUUAAUUGAUGGCACACCCAUUUUAGAUGUCAAACCAUACUCUGUUCACGAUAGUGUAAAGAGUGUUAUUAAUCCUGCUUGGGUCACAAUACCAAUCGUACCACCAUUAGAUAAUGUCAUCAUUUUAGAUGUGGCUAAGAAACAAUUACAAUAUUUCGUCGAUAAAAAGAAAUUAAAAUUCUAUGACAACUAUAAUGAUAUCGAAACUUGUAUUAUUGAAAUUUUAACAGAGGAUAUUCGUUCCGUCAGAAAGAGAAAACAAGAUAAAUUAACCGAUCAAAAAUUAAAACAAAAUAAAGAUACCAACUCUUCAACAACAACAACCACCAACAAUACUGAUGAUAGUGAACUUCUUCAAGAGGAAGAAGGUCCUGAAAAACAUAGAUUUAGUUUAGAUAUUUUAAAUAUUAGAUUCACUGUUGAAAAUCAAAUAGCUACUGUUUUUGAAAUUUUAGAAGAUGAAGUUUUAAAUUCUGAUGAAAAUAUUUAUUUACCUUCAAAUAUUUAUUCAAAUAAUAAUAUAAAUAAUAAUAAAAAUAAUAAUGAAUCAAAAGUAACUGAAUCUAUUGGAAAUAAUGAAAAAUAG